AUGACUGGAUACCUUUGGUUGGUCUGGUAUGAGGCACCUGCGCGGUCCGCCAUCAGACACUGGACCCUCGCAGUGACCUACGAAGCAAACGAUCGCGCAUACGCUACUGUAUACGAGGUCGCGAUCGAUUCUUCCGGCCAUUAUCAGUCGCGGGUGACGCGCCGCGUGCACUUGACCAGCAACCAUCCUUCAGGCGCGUACAGCGGCAAGAUCCUCCUCGGAGAAAUCAACGACAACGUCCUCUGCUCUCUUGAGCCGUACAGUGAGACCGCCGCCGAGCUUGUGAACAGUCGUAACCGCAAGCGAGGGCCCGGCGCACAGACCUGUCAUGACUGGGCUAUGAUCAUCGUGCGGAGCCUUGAGGACUCCAUGCUGCUACCACAGGGGGCACUGGCCUGCGUAGAAAAAUGUCCACGCAUCGGCUGA